ACACAAUACGAGACACAAGAAGAAUCUCAAUCUCAUUAACACAAUGCGACGAAGCUGUGUCUUCUCCGUCGUUUUCUUCCUCCUCUUCCUCUCUCUACCUCUCCCCUCCCUCUCCCAACCAUCGCACUCCGUCUACAACUCGUUCCUCAAAUGCUUCUCCAAGAGAACGAAAACACCACAACCCCAAAUCGCCAAAAACGUCUUCUCUCCGACCAACCCUGCUUACUCCUCCGUCCUCCGCGCUUACAUCCGAAACGCGCGGUUCAACACCUCCUCCACACCCAAACCGACCAUCAUCGUCACCCCUCGCUCGUAUAGCCACGUCAGCGCCGCCGUCCUCUGCUCGAAGCCCUUAAACUUCGUCUUCAAGAUCCGAAGCGGCGGGCACGACUACGACGGUCUCUCGUACAUCUCCGACAAACCGUUUUUCGUCCUAGACAUGUCGAACAUCCGCGACGUCUCCGUCGACGUCGCCGAUAACUCCGCCUGGAUCUCCGCCGGAGCUACUCUCGGAGAAGUUUACUAUAAAAUCUGGGAGAAGAGUAAAGUCCAUGGUUUCCCCGCCGGAGUUUGUCCGACGGUUGGUGUCGGCGGUCACUUAAGCGGCGGCGGGUACGGUAACAUGUUGAGGAAGUUCGGUUUGUCGGUCGAUCACUUGAUCGACGCGAAGAUCGUCGACGUGAAAGGUCGUGUUUUGGACAGGAAAGCGAUGGGUGAGGAUCUUUUCUGGGCGAUCUCCGGCGGAGGAGGAGGCAGCUUCGGCGUCGUUUUGGGGUACAAGGUCAAGCUCGUUCCGGUGCCACCUGUCGUGACGGUGUUCCGAGUGGAGCAGUAUAUGGCCGGCGGAGCGGUGGACAUGGUUCACAAGUGGCAGUUCGUUGGUCCGAAAACCGACAGGAACCUCUUCAUGAGGAUGCUGAUUCAACCGGUUACGAGGAAUAAGGUGAAGACGGUGAGAGCUACUGUGGUUGCUCUGUUCUUAGGUAAAGCAGACGACGUCGUUUCGCUCCUUAGUAAGGAGCUUCCUGAGUUGGCUUUGAAGAAGGAGAACUGUACGGAGAUGACUUGGUUUCAGUCUGCUUUGUGGUGGGACAAUCGCGUUAACGCUACUCAGACCGAUCCUAAAGUGUUUCUCGAUCGGAAUCUUGACUCCUCUAGCUUCGGGAAGAGGAAGUCUGAUUACGUAGCGACCGAGAUUCCUAGAAAUGGGAUUGAGUCUCUGUUCAAGAAGAUGAUUGAAUUAGGAAAGAUCGGUCUUGUUUUCAAUCCUUACGGCGGGAAGAUGGCGGAGAUUGCGGAGGACGCAACGCCGUUCCCGCACCGGAAUAUGCUUUACAAGAUUCAGUACUCUGUGAACUGGAAAGAGUCGUCUCCGGAGAUAGAGAAGGGUUACUUGAACGAGGCUAAAGAGCUUCACAGUUUCAUGACUAGGUUUGUGAGCAAGAGCCCUAGAAGUGCUUACUUGAACUACCGUGAUGUCGAUAUCGGGGUGAACGAUCACGGGAGGAAUAGCUACAAGGAAGGAGAGGUUUAUGGAAGAAUGUAUUUUGGAAAGAACUUUGAUCGAUUAGUCAAGAUUAAAACCAAGGUUGAUCCAAGGAACUUCUUUAGGAAUGAACAGAGUAUACCUACCUUGCCACGCAAGUCUUAAGAGAUAUUGUUUGUCAUUUGUUAUGAAAGAUUGGUUUAACGUUAAUAAUGUAAUACUUUGGUGAAGCAAUAUAGAAUGCAUUGGUUUUGGAUAUUAA